AUGGCUCAGAAGUGGACAUGGCUCUCUCGUUCCAUCCACCGAUCUCUCACCCAACAACUCCUGAGUACGUACAACCGGACAGCGAAGCCCCCGAACAUGACGUCACAUCACGUGGUCAGGGUCACUGACGCCUGGGACCACUUUCAGUCACAAAUGAAAUGUUGCGGGGUGAACGGACCGAAGGACUACAUGAGCACCUCCUGGUUCAACAGCAGCAACGAAAAUCUAGGACUCUUUGUCCCGGAAUCAUGUUGCCAACAUCAGCAACAACAACACUUCUUACACAACAACAACAACAACGACAACUAUUAUAAGAAGCAAAGAUAUUUAAGUGACGAGAACUUGUACGCGUACCUUGCUGACGAUCUCGAUGCCAAUGAAAUAUCUGAUUACAUAAUGACAUCAUCACAUUACAACAUCAGUAUCUGA